CGCGAGAUAUGGGAGCGGCCAUCUUGUUCCUGCCCCUGACAAUCUCGGGUCGGGGUCACAGGGACGCGGAGACCGCCGUCUGGACCUUGGCAGACAAUGCUGUCCCGGGUGGUGCUUUCUGCCGCCGCCACAGCGGCCCCGUGCCUGAAGAACGCGGCCGCCCUGGGACCCGGGAUAUUACAGGCAACAAGGGUGUUUCACACAGGACAGCCACGUCUUGCCCCUGUACCACCUCUUCCUGAAUAUGGAGGAAAAGUCCGUCUUGGGCUGAUUCCUGAGGAAUUUUUCCAGUUCCUUUACCCUAAAACUGGUGUAACAGGUCCCUACGUGCUUGGAACUGGACUUUGCUUGUAUUUUUUAUCCAAAGAAAUAUAUGUGAUUACCGCAGAGACCUUCUCUACUAUAUCAGUAGUAGGGCUGAUAAUCUAUGUGAUUAAGAAAUAUGGCGCCUCUAUUGGAGAAUUUAUUGAUAAACUUAAUGAGCAAAAAAUUGCUGAACUAGAAGAAGUAAAGCAGUCGUCCAUCAAACAAAUUCAGGAUGCAAUUGACAUGGAGAAGGCACAGCAGGCACUGGUUCAGAAGCGCCAUUACUUCUUCGACGCUCAGAGGAAUAACAUUGCCCUGGCCUUGGAGGUCACUUAUCGAGAACGGCUAUAUAGAGCAUAUAAGGAGGUAAAGAGUCGCCUGGACUAUCACAUUUCCGUACAGGACAUGUUGCGUCGCAAGGAGCAAGAGCACAUGAUAAACUGGGUGGAAAAGCGUGUGGUGCAGAGCAUUUCUGCACAGCAGGAAAAGGAGACCAUUGCCAAGUGCAUUCAGGAUCUAAAGCUACUCUCAAAGAAGGCUCAAGCUCAGCCAGUUAUGUGAAUGUAUCUAUCUCAUUCGAGAUGGCCAGAGAGUUGAGUUAAGUGGGAACUAGUCUGUGUGAAGAACUCUUACAGUGUACCUUUCCUAAGAAAUGAUCAAGGUCCAUUUAGUGGCUUAACCAUAUUGGCCAGUAAGGUAUUUCUGAUCCUUCCUCUGUAUCUGGAGUUGUCUAGUGAUCACUUUUGAAUAAACGAUUUGCAGCAACUUGCUGCCUGACUAAAAUUACCAAGUGAUAGUUUAAACUUGUAAUUAGUUAUACCAUCUUACAAUAAAAUGACAUUUGAAACAGAA